GAGAAAAAGAAGAAGAAAAAAAGAAUUAGCUUGUUUCACCAUUUACGGUUAGAAAACCCCCGUCGGUGUGUAUUGAUUUUGUAAUGCAUUGAGACAUUUAGUUCAACUUCCUAAUAUGUUUCCAUCUAUUUAUUUGUAUAAGUUUCAGUUCUUGUUGGCGACAAAACUAUCCAGAUUUUCUCCUUUCUUUGUUUGUGAUAACAAACUUGUUUUUCGUAAAUUCUGAUCCUUUUGAUUACAGUCUUUGCAAUCAUCGGAACCUGAAAGGCUCAUCCAUAAGCCAUAAAGUGAAUUAAAAAAGACGGAACUAAACUUUAGGCUGCCUUCUUCCCUUUUUCUCUUUCUUUUCUAUUUAAUUUUCAUGAUUAUUACAGUGUUAACGCGACUGCCAUACCGCUGGCGUAUCGUCGUCUUAUUAUCUCUUCUUUGCAUUGUAUUAUUUUAUACUUUUCAUCAUAAGCAGCGUCCGGAUAUAAAGAAGCCAAGUUCAGAUAACAUUGAUCUAUCUUUUUUGUACGAAAAGCGCCCAAUAGAGAUAACAAAUCCUAUUCUUGGAAUCGACAAUUUUGAAUCUAGUCUACCAAAGGUGCAAUUCGAUUUUGAUCCAGAGACAUAUGAAGAAAUGGAAAUUCGUAUAUCUAGACAAGAGGCAGUUAAGAAAUCAUUUAUGCACGGAUGGAGUGGUUAUAAAAAGUAUGCGCUAGGGGCAGACGAACUAAAGCCUUUAACCAACAAACCAAACAACCCUUUUGGUGGACUAGGAGCAACCAUGAUUGAUAGCCUAAGCACAAUGCUUAUUAUGGGGCUAGAAGAGGAAGUACAUGAAAUGUUGCCUUUGAUUGACAAGAUUCAAGUCAUGGUAAAUGAACCCCUUAGUGUUUUCGAGACAAUCAUUCGGUACAUGGGCGGGCUUAUAAGCGCUUAUGAACUUUAUAAUCACCCAGCAAGACACAUACUUUUAAACAAAGCAGAGGAGAUAGGGUUUGCUCUAUUACCUGCAUUUGAUACACCAUAUGGUAUUCCUCAUUAUAGAUUUAAUCCAGUAAGACGCCAUUCAGCUAGUAACACCACAUUUCUUGCGGAUGCUGCGUCAAUUCAAUUAGAAUUUUUCGCUCUAUCGCUACACACAGAAAAUCCUGUUUUUGCAGAAAAAGCUCAAGCAAUCACUGAUUUCCUCAGAUCAACUAACGAUACACAUGGAAAGAUAAUACCUGGCUUGUUCCCCAACAAUAUAGAUAUACAAAAUGGUUAUUUUAAAAGAUCACAAAUCAGCUUUGGUGCAAUGGGAGAUAGUGCAUAUGAGUAUUUCUUGAAAGAGCACAUCUUUGUAGACGGAAGAACAUCUCUGUACGCCGAUUUGUAUCAAGAAGCAAUUGACAAUAUGAAGUCACGUAUGCUGGCUCAAGUUCCAGGCCAAAAGCUCUUGUUUUUACCACCUUAUGAACCACAGGCAAAGAGAAGAAGAUAUAGCAUGGAUCAUCUUACCUGUUUUGUACCGGGUAUGCUUGCAAUGGGAUCCAAAACUUUUGACAGACCGGAAGAUAUGAUGAUAGCAAAAGGUCUUUUAGACACAUGUAUUUAUAUGUAUCGAUCAACUACAACUAAAUUAGCACCCGAAGUCUGGUCAUUCAAUGAAGUUGUUGGAUAUAAUCCAUUAACGUAUGGCAAGACAAAAGAAGAAUUACGAGAUAGCAAUGGUUGGAGAAAAUGGUUGCAUGCUCAACGUCCUAGCUUUAGGCUAGAUACUCAGAAUACAAAAAAUAGAACCUUAGACAAAGUGAUUGACUUGCCUGAGGGCACUGUCUCACACUAUGAUACGCAUUAUUUAUUACGACCAGAAACUGUAGAAAGCUUAUAUAUACUCUAUAGAACAACAGGUGACCCCAGAUACCAAGAGUAUGGGUGGGAAAUCUAUCAGGCCAUAGAAAAUCACUGCAAGACACCUACAGCAUAUGCAUCGAUUAGAGAUGUACUGAGUGAAGACACUCGGUCUUCAUUUAAUCAAGUGGAUAGUAUGGAAACGUAAGUCAUUUGUAGUCAACCUCAUGCUAAUUGAUAAAUAAGGUUCCUCUUUGCUGAAACUUUCAAGUAUCUCUAUCUACUCUUUAGUCCUCCAGAUGUCAUAUCACUUGAUAAAUUUGUUUUCAAUACCGAAGCACAUCCACUCCUUCGACGCCCAUU